CGACAUUUCUUGACGACUUUUGAAUUGUUAUGUAUUGAUUGCACUCCCGCUGCACCUUUCCAGUUUUCAAUCCACUCUUGACUCUUAUUCCUGAAGCUUUUUGUGUUUCUCCUCUACCCAUCACAUCUCAAUCAUGUCGUCAACACAAGUACAAGCCAGCGUCUUGCACGGCGCAAAGGACCUCCGCAUUGAACCUCGCGAAGUACCCGCUCCCUCGGCAAACGAGAUCCAAGUAGCAGUCCACAGCACCGGCCUCUGCGGCAGCGACCUCCACUACUACAACCACAACCGCAAUGGCGACAUCCUCGUCCGCGAACCCCUCACCCUCGGCCACGAAUCCUCCGGCGUCGUCACCGCAGUCGGCUCAUCAGUCUCAAACUUCCAACCCGGCGACCGCGUAGCCCUUGAAGUCGGUGUCCCCUGCGAUUCUUGCCAUCGCUGCGAACAAGGCAGAUACAAUAUCUGCAAGGACAUGAAAUUCCGCAGUUCUGCAAAGAGUUUCCCGCAUUUCCAGGGUACGCUGCAAGGACGUAUCAAUCAUCCUGCGAAAUGGUGUCACAAGUUGCCUGAGGGUAUGAGUAUGGAGUUGGGAGCUUUGCUUGAACCUCUAGGUGUUGCUAUCCACGCAUAUCGCCGCAGUUUGAUGCAACCUGGACAAACCGCUCUAGUCUUUGGAGCUGGCGCUGUGGGUUUGCUCGCCGCAGCUGUUGCGAAGACCAAGGGAGCAAAGACCAUUAUCAUUGCAGAUAUCGAUGCCGGAAGAGUCGACUUUGCAAUAAAGAAUGGCUUCGCACACCACGGCUUUGUGGUACCCAUGAAGAGAGGAAAAGAUACAGAUGAGAAUCUGGCCAUUGCAAGAGAAACCGCAGAUGGCAUUGCCAAAGUCACCGAUGAUGCCGGCUCUGCUGUCGGCGAAGUAGACGUCGUCUUCGAAUGCACCGGUGUACCCACCUGUGUGCAAUCAGGAAUCUACGCAACCAAACCAGGCGGUCGCGUGAUGCUAAUCGGCAUGGGCAUCCCCAUCCAAACCCUCGCCAUGUCCUCCGCCGCCCUCCGCGAAGUCGACCUAGUAGGAGUCUUCCGCUACGCAAACACGUACCCCGAAGGCAUCUCCAUCGCCACCUCCCCAUCAGCACCAGACCUCUCGAAACUGGUCACGCAUAAAUACAAAGGCUUGGAGAGUUGUGUGGAUGCGUUUGGCAUGGCCGGACGCACCAAGGAUGAUGAGGGCAAAUUGGUUCUCAAGGUUGUCAUUGAGACUGCGUGAUUUUGAAGAGCACAAAAGCUGAUGGUUGGUGUGUGUUAAAGGUUAUCAUCGACACAAAGGGAGAGGAGAGGGCGAGGUUGUAGAUGUGCAUUGCACGGCAUUUGUUUGGACCAAUAAUAGGCAUAGGGAGUCUUCUACUCUUUGGACGCAAGAGAGUUCUUCUUGUUUGUACAUAAUUUUUUUUGAUACUCGAGAACAAUCAUGACAUCUGGAGCCAAGUUUUGGAAAGC